CAGCCAGAGUCAAAGUGCAGACCUCAAUCCAAGAGAGAACCUGUGGCAAAAGCUAAUCCUCAAUAUGCUGCCAGAGAACAGAGCUUGAGCUAGUUUGCAAAUGAGAGACAUCAAUUGUAGAUGUGAAAAGCAGCUGCAGACAUACCCUAAAAAUGCUAACGCUAUCAUUACAGCAAAAAUGUUUUACAAAGCAUCGACCUGGGGGUAUUUAUUUGAGUGUACCCCACGUGAGCUGUGUCGUGCUUUUUUUUUUUUUUUAGAUUUUUUUUAUUGUAAGAACAAAAAAGGAAUGUAUCUUCACUAAAAAUCACAGCUAUACCCCAAACAUACCACACUGCUAUGCUAAAGGCUUUUCAAUUGCAGUCCAUUUCCGAAACGUGAGCCACCGUUUCCCGCUGUUGCCAUGGAUACGCACAGUCAACAACCCUCCUUCCUCCCUAAACCAAUACAGAGUUCUCGGUAAGCGGCGUCAAAACCAACCACGAAGCUGUUCAAAAACGAUGGAAAUGACGGCUAAGAGCAAAAAGGUGCUACAUGCCCAGGUUGAAGCACUCUUGAGAAAAGUGGAACAUUUCAAUAAAACAGAGAUCGAGAAUCUGAUCCUGAUGUUUAACACCCUUAUGGCGGAGCAGGUCAGCCGAGGGCGACCAGCAAAUGGCCUGAAAAGAGGGAAGUUUAGAGGCGUACUGCAGGGCACUUUUGAGAUGACCAAUGCCGUAAUGAUGGACGGAGUUUUCAGAAGUUUUGACAAAGAUGGUGACGGUGUCAUUAUUCUGGAAGAGUGGAUCAGAGGACUUUCUGUUUUACUUCGUGGGACUCUUGAAGAAAAAAUAAAGCACUCCUUUCGAGUGUAUGACUUAAAUAAUGACAAGUACAUCUCCAAAGAUGAGAUUUUUCACAUGCUGAAGCACAGCUUCAUCAAGUGGCCUAGUGAGGAGGAUCCAGACGAAGGAAUUAAAGAUGUGGUUGAGAUCGCAAUGAAGAAGAUGGACCUGGAUCACGAUGGCCUGCUGUCUUAUGAGGACUUUGAAAAAUCAGUGCUAGAUGAGAACCUUUUCCUUCAGGCAUUUGGACCCUGCCUCCCUGAGAACACGACUAUUGAGAAGUUUGAGGAGCUUGUGUUUAAGGAACCAGAGCAAUGAAACAUUUCAUAUCAGUGUAAACUUUCAACUGUGUCUUUAAUAAAAAUCUUAGUAUCUGCUUGCAAUA